GCAAACACACACAAGAUGGCAGCGUUGGAAGACGUGUUUGAAGAUGCCCCUGAUGUAGAGCCAUUAGAACCAACAUUGAAGAAUAUUAUCGAGCAGAAAUCUUUGAAAUGGAUAUUUGUAGGUGGAAAGGGCGGUGUCGGUAAAACGACGUGUAGUUGUAGUUUGGCUGUCCAGCUGGCUGCUGUCAGAGAGAGUGUCCUCAUCAUUUCUACUGAUCCUGCUCAUAACAUCUCUGAUGCUUUUGACCAGAAGUUCUCAAAGGUGCCUACAAAGGUCAAGGGCUAUAACAACCUGUUUGCUAUGGAAAUUGAUCCAAGCUUGGGAGUAGCAGAGCUGCCCGAUGAGUUCUUUGAAGAGGACAACAUGCUCAGCAUGGGCAAGAAGAUGAUGCAGGAGGCCAUGAGCGCCUUCCCUGGCAUUGAUGAAGCCAUGAGCUAUGCUGAAGUCAUGAGGUUAGUGAAAGGAAUGAACUUCUCGGUGGUUGUCUUUGACACUGCGCCCACUGGCCACACGCUACGUCUGCUUAACUUCCCCACCAUAGUGGAACGCGGCUUGGGCCGACUCAUGCAGAUCAAGAACCAGAUCAGUCCGUUCAUCUCCCAGAUGUGUAACAUGCUGGGCCUGGGUGACAUGAAUGCAGACCAGCUAGCGUCCAAGCUGGAAGAGACUCUGCCUGUCAUACGCUCAGUUAGUGAGCAGUUCAAAGACCCAGAACAAACCACCUUUAUUUGCGUGUGUAUCGCUGAGUUCUUGUCCCUGUAUGAGACAGAGCGGCUAAUUCAAGAACUCGCUAAGUGCCACAUUGAUACACACAACAUUAUUGUCAACCAGCUUGUUUUCCCCGAUGUCGAGAGGCCAUGUAAAAUGUGUGAAGCACGACACAAGAUUCAGUCCAAGUAUUUGAACCAGAUGGAGGACCUUUAUGAAGAUUUCCACAUAGUCAAAUUGCCUCUUUUGCCCCAUGAAGUUCGAGGUGCUGACAAGGUCAACACGUUCUCUAAGCAGCUUCUUGAACCCUACAAACCACCUAAUGAGUAAUUCCCUUCCUUUCGGGACCAGCCCCCCAACCACUCCUCUGACCCAAAGACCACACACCCCUUUGAGCUCCCCCAACUGGCCUCUCACCCAUCAGUACUGAACCCCUCAUACAAAGCGGAGCAUACAAACCAGGCACGCUUGAAGUUCAAUUUAUGGCUUCUCACACCUACAUAAGACACACUUAGAAAGCUAGGACAACAUACAUUGGUGCUGCCUUACUCUCCUGAUCAUGCAUCAUAUCUGUAGCAGUAAUAUUCCUACUUUAAAACAUUUAACUGGCUUCCUUUCCUCCAUACUGAGCAUCGUCCAUUUUACAACAGUGCAGUAAAUUACGCUUCAGCCCUGAAAAUAAAUCUCACCUGU